UCUAUUUUUACUAGUAAUGGCGGUGAUCAGCGACUUAUAGCGGAACUGCGGCGGCCAUUCUGACACUGGGGGGAACUGACUUGGUGUCACUGACAUCCCCAGUGACACCAAUACAGCGAUCAGUGCUAAUAAAAAGCACUGACACUGUACUACUGGCACUGGGCAGGAAGGGGUUACCAUGUGGGGCGAUCAAAGGGUUAACUGUGUACGGUUUUACUAUUGUGUGCUGUGUGUGUGCUUCACUGUUAGCGCACUGCUUUUUAUGGCUGUGCUGUGCAAAGCCAUGCAUAGCGGUGCAGGAGCUGACGGGAGAGAACUGUAUUGUUUACAAACAGUUCUCCCC